AAGCUAUAAUAAUUAAUAUAAUAGACCAUAUAAAUUCACAUUACUCUAUAUCAAUAAGGCACACAAAUGAAAGUUGACAUUUUUACUAGCCAUGGAUGAACACAUUCUGAUGACCCCUUGGAUUUGCCUCAUGUCUCCGGACACCCCCCUCCCCAGGAUCACCCAAACUUAAUAGUAAACUAUAAGAUCUGACAACAUGAGUAAGGAAUGAUGCAAGCUGGAUGACAAUAACUUGUUUGACAUUGCUUAGUUGCCAAAUGGUGCGGGAAGUAAGAUCAUUCUUGCAUAAAAAUGAAAUGACUAAGUUAAUAUUUAGUUCCAUGUACAAAAGUUACUUUCCUGUGUACAUUUACAAUUUCACCAGAUCAUUGGUAAAACUGAAGAGAAGAAAUCUUAUCAAAUGACACAUCCCUGAGAACAAAUCUGUCAAAACUCAAAAACCAAAACCAAGCACUUUAUCAGUGAUUUUCUCCUGAAUAAGACAUAUCAAUAAGCAUAUAAGCAAAACUAUCAAAGAAAAUGAGUGAAGAAAAGAAAUUCUCUAAUAAGGGGUUGACCUUUCAACUCUAUUUGAGAGGAAAUGAAGUAAGAAAAAAUGAAGUUCUUAGAAAAAUGAGAUUCCUCAAGGAAAAAUCGCUUUCUAAAAAGUUGUCAAAUAACACUGACGUAAUUGAAGAGGCCCUUGAUUUUUGGAUUAAAAAUCAUUCAAGAGAAACUGAAACGGCACAACCAGCAUCGCAAUUGGUCAUCAAUCAGGACUUUGUACCACUUCAACCAUUUUCCUCUGUUUCUAAGGAUGACACAAACGAAUUGAUGUUUUUAACAACAACAAGUGCCAUAAACCUUCUUGUAGCACAAUCGAGUCAUCACCAAGAACUAUGUAACUCCACUCUUCAAUGGGAGAACAGUACAAUGCAUGGGCACGUCGCCAUUGCUAAUCUUAGAUGUGAGCAUGGACAUAAUAUAAGAUGGACUUCAUCCCCAUACAUGGCAAAUGCUCAUUUUCUUGUUAAUUAUAGAGUGUUCCAUGGUUAUAUUACAUCUGGGAUGAUACCUUCAAAGUAUGAACGAUUCUCUGAAGGUGCUAACAUUGGCACCAUGUCCCAAAGCUAUUUGGACAAUCUUACAAAGGAGUUCGCCAAUAUAAUUAAAUCUUUGAAAAAUGAAUCAUCUGAGAACGCUGUCGAGUUGGAAAUUGGGAUGUAUCCAAACUUAGAAGAAGGAAUUACCAUCAUGACAGAUGCUAGACACGGUUGCAGAAAGAACGCUAAAGACUGUGAUAUAGUUUGCAUUGGUGAAAAAACUCAUCAAGUCUUGCAUUCAAUCCAUGUUACAAAGAGAGAUGAUCCCUGUUCACAGCGACAUGAAACAUUCGGCACACGCAGAAUGUACGAUGAUUUUGAGAGGCAAAAUGUGUCUAUUGGUACACACGUUCACGAUUGUAAUGGUGCUGUGAACUGCCUUGUGAGAGAUACUCAGAUAUUUACGGACAACCAAAAUGACUCAUGGCACGCCUGCAUUGCUUUAAAGAAGCAAAUUCAAAAUGUUGCAUCAGGGCCCAAGUAUAAGCAUGGUCAAUCAUGGCAUGCUCAACUGGAAGAUAAACCAGAAGCAAUAAGGAAAUUUGCUUAUACAGCCAUGAAAAAUUGUGGCGAGAAUGCAGAAACAUUGAGAUACAUGCUGGCAAAUAUGACUGAACAUUUCCAAAAUAAUCAUCAAAACUGUUUUGAUCAAUCUCGCUGUCGACUAGAUCCAAACUAUGAACCAAGUACAAUUGUUGUGAGAAACGAUGUUGCUAUUCGACUAUUAAAUGAUACAAUUAAAAAAAGCACAAUCUAUAAAAAUGCACAUAAUUACACAAAGGCGCUUUCAACAGCAUAUGUUGAAAGUUUUAACAAUACACUAAACAUGUUCCAGGAUAAACGGAUUUACUUUCAAGAUAUUCAAUAUGAAAUGAGGACAAAUUUAGCUGUAUUAUACUGGAAUGAGAAUGUGGACAGGGCUUAUACAAGCUUGUUCGAAUCAGAAGCCCCAGACAUUCCCUUCAAGCACCCCAAAAAAGUUCUAACAAAACCAACAUAUUCCUUCAGAGAAAACAUUUGGGAAAAACUGAUUGAAUCAGUUUAUACCUAG